CAUUAAUAUUUCCACUAUGACGAGUUCUGUCAGUACAAAUCCAUCGACGUUAUUACCCUUAGAAUUAGUUGACAAAUGUAUCGGUUCACGGAUACACAUCAUCAUGAAAAAUGAUAAAGAAAUUGUCGGUACUCUGUUAGGCUUUGACGAUUUUGUAAACAUGUUACUCGAAGAUGUGACGGAAAGUGAAGCUACCCCAGAAGGCCGAAGAGUCACCAAACUCGAUCAAAUUUUGCUUAAUGGAAGCAAUAUUACAAUGCUUGUACCUGGUGGAGAAAUGCCUGAUACAUAA